UAGCAUAAUUUGGGUUUUUUAUGAUCUAUUAACUCUAAAAAAAAAAAAAUUACAGUGAUUGCAUAACAGACUGACUUUCCUCAGACUUUCUGAUUAUUAAUACUUAUAAACCUUUUAAAUGGACGUGUGUGUGCUGUUGGUUGUUACUGUUACUGUAAUACUGGAGAUGUGCCUCUGAUGCAGAAUUUCAUAAACUACCUAAAUAUUAUUUUUUUCAUGCCUGGCAAACAAUGGCAUUUCCUUAAAAAAAAAAGUAACUUUAGUAUUAUUAUUAUUUUUUCAACUAGAAUUAACAUUGGCAAAUAAAAAAUAAACCCAUUAAAAACAUAAAUUUCUGCAUUAAAGAGGUGUUUUGAGUAUUUAAGCAGCUCGUUUCUGUGUAACUGGGUCUAUGGAAUUUCUCUGCCCCUUUAAAGGCUGUAAAGUUGAAACAACUCUAAAUUCCAUCAGUGAGGGCAUUUAAAGCACCGGGGUAUACAAAAGGACGCCUUGCAGGCAUUUUUGGUAAGAAUAUCUAUCAUCAGAGACACUCUUUCACAGAGACAAAGAGGAGAUGGAGCUAAGGGGGAGGAAAAGGUCCCAAGCUUGGCCAAUAACGAACCAGCCCCCUGCUCUCUUUUAAAUAUGUUACUCCUCCUCUAAACUUUUCCUGUCUGGCUUGUGGGCUGGUUGUGGUGACUUUAUGGUGAGCCAGAGACGAGUCUGUGUGUAUGUGGUGUGGAUUACUAUUGAGGGCAUGUCAGGAUUCUGUUUGAAUUGCUGAAAGACUGGAAGUGAACGUGAUGUCUAAACUCAGGUUUUGGCUGUGCCUCUUUAUUCUGGUGUGCUUGAGGAUACACCACACGCAUGGCUGGCUCUGGUUCAAUGACUCGAAAGAAAAUGCAAAGGGCGCACAGACACCGGCUUACCUGACAACUGUAAGGCCCACAUCACCACCGAGGACAGAACCGCCCAGAACAACAGGUACAAGUGCUUCCAUAACUGAGGUCCUGAAAGAGGUCAGUUCUGAUGGAGGUCAUUUUGAAAGGAAAUCAGAGUUCAGGUCUGGGUUGGGGGUUGAGUCAGAUUCUAUAAGUGGGUCAUGGUCUGAAUUUGCUUCCGGAUCCGGAUCUGGAUCUGGACAUGAAAGACAGGAUGGCUAUGUUACGUCAACCAGCUUUUUGGGUAUUGCUGGUGAAGAUGCUAGAUUGCGUGGGGGAAAUUUUAAAGUUGAGACCAAAGAGGAGCAUAUGGAUGGACUUCAGCACAUCAGCGACCCAACAGACAGUCGAUUUAAUGAAAGCAUUGAUGGUUCUCGUAAAAAUGUUAGCACUUAUAAUGAUUCAAAUGGGCGUAAUUCUACAGAGCAUGAUGAUUAUGAUAACACAACAUUGUAUUCCACUGAAUACUCUGUCUCAUAUAGUCUACUAACCAUUGAAAGUGAGUUUUUAGUAGCUAGCAUGCCAACGGCCGUCGAAUCCCCACGCUGCUUGCCAGUCGAUUCUGAUUUGCCAUUUUGCACCAGAAUGGGAGUGGAAAGUUUCACAGUACCAAAUUUUCUAAAUCAAAGCAGCGUGGAGGAAGUUCAGGUGGUUUUGACCAACUGGGCAUGGCUGUUGCGGUCAAACUGCCAUUAUAGUUUGGAAUGGUUUUUCUGCCUGCUGUUGACACCUCGGUGCGGCCCACCUGGACUGCCGCCCCCAAUGCCCUGUCGCAGUUUCUGCGAGGUGCUGCGUGACAGUUGCUGGACGCUCCUGGAUGAGGGCCGCCUCCCCGUGGAGUGCCACUCUCUGCCCGAAGAGAAGCAUGAUGGGUAUCGGUGCUUGUCAGUUAGUAACCAGAAAGGUAACGGCCGGUUAGAAUGCCAUCUCUUUUGCUCUUAAAAAAGGAGAGAGAUGCAUUUUCAACCAGUUCCACCUGUCUGUCUGUUUGUCAUUCACCAGUCCUCACAAGGAGGUUUGUUUGUCCAUAAGUGUUGUGUGGUCUUCAACAGUUGUAAGCACACAGAUUCUCUGGGGAGAUGUGUUUUAACACAUUCACUCUGCACGUUUGUCAAAACUGCAUGGAAAUGUGUAGGAUGACUGCAUGGCACUACUAAAUCAAGUCUUUGCAUGUUUAUGUCUUUGUUUUUUAAAGCACAUGCGACUAUGAGUUCACACAGUCUUGGAUUGUUGUGGUGUUCAGUCUUCAGGCCUGGAUGGAUUUUUUUAUAUUUAUAAUUUAAAAUUAUUAUAAUUAAUUAUUUUAUAAUAUAUUUUAUAUAUAAGCAAAUUUGAUAAAAUAUAUUAUAUUUAUUAGUGGUCGA